AUGGCCGAAAUCGAUGCAUCGCCAACGAAUCCCGUUAAAAAGCGGCUAUCGAUAUUCACGAGUCGCAGCACGCGUAACAACACCAUGACCACCCCCCUCGUCGAGUCCCCCGUCUCAGAAAAACCAAGGAAUGGAUCUGUGCUGAAUCAGUUCCGCGAUACGCUGAAAAAUAAGUUACCAAUCACGGAUCUCUCGUUUGUAUCUGCAGCGGUUGAUGCUAUAUCCAACACGGAAUCCCUGGAUGACCGGAAAAUGCUGCUGGAACAUGCCCUAACCUUCGUGUCACGUUGGCCAGAGGGUGACUUCUCCACCAAGCUCCAGGCCAAAAUUGUUCAGCUACUGUACAACGAUUUGGCCCACCCUGCGCCUACCUCGAUAGGCAACCAGUAUGCAUGGCGGACCGCUGACGGCUCGUACAACAAUAUUCAAGCUCCUGACAUGGGAAAGGCAGGCACGCCUUACUCGAGAAGCGUUCAGCAGACACACCCUCUGCCGAAGAAUCAGCUUCCUGAUGCAAGCCUUGUGUUCGAUACUCUUCUCAAGCGCGAAGGAUUUGUUAAGCACCCUGCAGGUCUAUCUAGUCUGUUCUUCUCGUUCGCAGCCCUCGUCAUCCAUUCUGUCUUCCGCACUUCCCACCAGAACGUGCACAUAAAUGAAACGUCUUCAUAUGUCGAUCUUUCCCCACUUUACGGACACAAUCAAGCGGCCCAAGACUUGGUCCGAGUCCGAGAUGGUCGCGGCCUAUUGCACCCUGAUGUGUUUGCGGAAGACCGUCUGCUUCUACUGCCCCCGGCUGUUUGCGCGCUUCUAGUCCUCUUUAGUCGCAACCACAACUAUGUCGCGCGGAAGUUGCUAGAAAUUAAUGAGCGCGGGAGUUGGCAAGAUCCAUCCAAGCUCUCUCCAGACAGACCUGAGGACCAGAAGAAACUCCUCGAGCAAGAGGAAGAAAUCUUCCAGAUUGCGAGGUUGAUCAAUUGUGGCUGGUUUGCAACCACCGUAUUCUCUGAUUACUUCAGCUGUAUCUUGGGAUUGGUCAGAACGGGGAAUACAUGGAGUUUACUGCCCUUCGGCGAAAUGCGAAUGGACGAUCACACUACGUUCGAGCGAGGGCGCGGAAACAUCUGCAGCGCUGAGUUCAACUGCCUAUACCGCUGGCACGCGACCACUAGCGAAGUCGACGAGAGAUGGGUGAAGGCCAUUUCAAAUAAGAUCUUUGAGGGAAAGCCCAUUGAAGAGGUUACGCCCACCGAUUUCAAGCUAGCUGCCCGCAAGAUGAUGUCUGCUCAGCCAUCUAUAACUGAGUGGACUUUUGGGACGAUUCACCGUCAGGCAGACGGGUCAUUCAGAGAUGAGGAUCUCGCUCAAAUUCUUCAAGAGGCCACGGAACACCCUGCUGCGGCUUUCAGAGCACGCGGGACACCAGAGGUCAUGCGUCUUCACGAAAUCAUGGGCAUCGAACAAAACCGAGCAUGGGGUGUCUGCUCAUUAAACGACUUCAGACAGUACUUGGGACUCAAGCCAUACAAGACGUUCCUGGAGUGGAACUCUAACCCAGAGAUCGCUGACGCUGCCGAGAAACUUUACGGUGACAUUGAAUACCUCGAACUCUAUGUCGGACUUCAAGCUGAGGAAGCGAAGCCCGUUAUGGACGGCGCCGGUCUUUGCCCAGGCUACACAAUCAGUCGCGCCAUUCUCAGCGACGCCAUCGCCCUCACUCGUGGGGACAGGUUCUACACAUACGACUACACACCGUACAACAUGACCGCCUGGGGCUUCGCCGACUGCCAGCGCGACCCCAACGCGUUCGGCUUCGGCAGCACGCUCGGCCGCCUCUUCACGCGCACCCUUCCGCGCCACUACAACAACAACAGCGUCUACACGUUCUUCCCCCUGAUGACCCCUGAGUCGAUGGAGAAGUACCUCCCCGACAUCGGCUGUCAGGGCGACUACGACUUGGCUCGUCCGAAAGUUGCACCAGAGGAAGUUGUGACGAAAAAUUAUGCGGAGGUUGGGGAAAUUUUGCAUAAGAAGGAUGAAUUUGUGCCACCAUAUGCCGCGCAAGCCGCAAAAAUCAUCAAGGGCAGCGGCUUCUUCACUGCUACGACCGACGACAAGGAACAAGCUGAGAUUCUAGCUAUACUCAAUGAAGCGCAGUCGGUGAACAUGACCGGGGAGUUCUUCCUCUCGACGACGAAACAGUUAAUUGCUUCGAAAUCGUACGCCCUUGUCGGAGGGAAGGUCCGAUGCAUAGACGUCGUGCGGGAUAUCUUCAAGGUCGUCCCUACCCUUUGGGCCGCAACGGAUGUUGGUGGCAUCCAUGUCAAGGCGAAGGACUCCGACGAUGGGGAUAUAACAUCAUCAGAGCUGUAUGACGCCCUCUCAGAUAUCUACACGUUCGUCUUCCUUGAUGUCGACGCGGCGAAGUAUAUGGUCCUUCAGAAGAAAUGCAGAGAACACGUCGAGAAGCUCACUACCCUCAUCAAAGAGCAUCUAGAUCUCACUGCCAUGUCCAAGCUCUCUAUCCACAAUCUUGCCUCGUUUACCAGAACUUUGAGUGGCAAAUCCAAGUCCGAUAAAAGCCAGCACGAACUCGUGAAGAAGUUGUACGACCGAACCAAGUCGCUGGACCAAGUCGCCAACACCUUAUUGGCAAUCAUGGUGUCGACGAUCGACCUUUCUCUGGCCCUAACGAACGUCAUGAACGUGUACCUGGAUUCUGAGCACGAAGAGGCGAUGCAAAACAUCUUGACUUCCUCUGAUCCGAAAGCUAGUGUGGACGCGUACGUGUUGGAAGCGUUCAGGCUUGAUCCCCCCUUCCGCGGUGUCCAUCGCGUUGCUACCAAGGACAGUACAAUAGGCUCGUUGUCGAUACCCAGCGGGACUCGGUUGUUCUUGGAUAUCGCAGCUGCAAAUUUCAAUGAGGAUACGUUCCCUAACCCGCACGCUGUCGACUUGAGUCGUAGUCGCGAGCGCUAUCUCGGAAAUGACGGUCUCUACAGGGCUAUCGGCGAGAAUUUAACCGUCAUGAUUAUCAACAAAGUGCUUCGCGGAAUAUUUGCGCAGACUAAUAUUCGCAGAGCCCCGGGUCAAUCUGGCCAGCUCAAGCGUUUCAGGGAACACGCGUCAGUCAUGCAGAUAUUUACAUACCUGGACAAGAAUCAGCUUCCGACAGCUUGGCCUAGCUCGUUCGUCAUGCAGUAUGAUGUAGUACCCUCAGUCUCGAAGUAA